AUGAUUGGUGGCAUUCAUUUUGAUUUAUUUCAUCAAGAAAGGUUUUUAUUAAAUAUGGUGGAUGUUAAAUUAACUAUUAUCAGAAGCAAGCUGAAGUUUUGUUUGCAAGGAAAAGCAGGUCAUAAAGUGGUUUUAGAACAUGUAUCUCUUUUCGUGAGAAAAGUGCGUGUGAGCCCUGGAGUUAUCCUAGGUCAUGCCAAAGCAUUAGAGAAGAGUAAUGCCAAGUAUCCUAUUAAUAAAGUAUUAUGUAAAGUCUCUUCCAUUCCCCAAAACAGCAUGUCCUUGAUGCAAGACAAUGUUUUUGUUGGUCAGAUGCCUCAAAGAAUUGUAAUUGGAUGUGUUGAUAAUGACGCUUUUCACGGAAAUUUUGCCAAGUCACCAUUUGAGUUUAAACAUUAUUACCUGAAUUUCAUUGGAGUGUACGUCGACGGACAGCCUGUGCCUUACAAUCCACUGGAACCAAAUUUUGAUAACAACAAUUAUAUUCGAGCUUAUCAUAGCCUGUUUUUCAAUAAAUCCCAGCAAGAUAAAGGCAUUUUUAUCUCGAGAGAAGACUAUUUACAAGGUAACGUGUUAUUUGGUUUCGAAUUAUCACCAGACCUUUGUGAUGGAGAGCAUAUGAAUCUCAUUAAGCAUUCUAAUCUACGGAUUGAGUUAAAGUUCAGCCAACCUCUCGAGCAAACCGUGUGUGUGAUUAUUCUUUGCAGAAUUUGA